UUUAUUACACAGUGUACAUAAUUAUUACAAUUAUUAUAAAAUGUCUGCCAAAACAAAGAUUGACUUCUACACUAUGGACACGAGUCCUCCAUGUCGUGCGGUAUGGAUGGUCUUGGAAGAAUUGGGAAUACCAUACAAUGAGCAUUAUGUAAAUGUGAUGAAAGGUGAACAGAAAACUGCCGAAUAUCAGAAAAUCAGCUUUAGGCAGAAGGUUCCUGCAAUCAAAGAUGGUGAAUUUUGUCUCGCGGAAAGUCGGGCAGUUGCGGCAUAUUUGAUAAGUGAAUAUGGCGAAAAUCAAAAGAAACAGCAUUUGUAUCCACAGGAUAAUAAAUCCAGAGCGAAGAUGGAUCAACACCUCUAUAUUGGGGAAAAUAUUACAGACAGCAUCGUUAAUUACGUAAAUCCAGGAGGUGUUCUCUUUCGUGGUGAGCAAACUAGACACGAAAAACUUGCUGAAAUGAAAAACUACUUGGGAAUGAUUGAACGUAUGCUGGCAGAUCAUACCUACACUACAGCUGAUAAUUUAACUGUAGCUGAUUUCUUCUACUAUAUUGCAGUAACUCUACUGAAUCUGACUGAUUUUAAGGAUUUCGAUGAUUUUCCAAAACUCGUAGCAUGGAGGAAGAAAAUGGAGGCACUGCCGUAUCACAAGAAAACUUGUGAUGAGCCUUUAGCUAAAUUCCGGGAAGCAUAUCAAGCGAAAUUGAAAGAAAAUGCAGCAAAAAAAUGUUGAAACCGACGUCAACUAUAUUAUGUUUUGACGAAGCAUUACACUUCAGUAUGAUUGAGACAACUAGUCAUGCCUGUGUUUUUGUAUCCAUCUGUUCUGUAUAUGAUAUUACAUAGAAAGCAUUUUGUUGAGAUUUUUGAAUCAAUUCCUGCUUGCUAAUUGCUAUACAAAUAUAAUAAUGAUAUCGAUAA